AUGGCCUUUUUGUUUAUUACCAGCUCACUACUUGCAUUUAUGUGUAUUAUUAUUAACAAAACGAUCGCAUCCUUUCCAGACACUCAGCAGCAGUAUGUUGGCCAUAAUGAAUUAUACACCCCAGCCAUUACUCAGCGUGAUAAAACUCAAGAACGGGUUACCUCGUUAAGUGUGUACUUGAAAGGGAUCUAUCAAGAUCCAAAUUACGAGCUGAAUGGAGCAAAUGAAAUCACAGCUCUUCUUCCUAUUCCUUUUACGAAAAUGCUGUCAUCAACCCGUCCUCCCCGAAACGGCCUGGUUAUCUCUGAUCACACACAAACGACUGCAGUUGGUCAUAGAAAAAGUUGUGUACCAAUAUCUAGGAGUGAUUCAUCCAUUUUCCGCCAAAAAACAAAUGGCAAACCAAUUCAGCACUUUAAUGAAACCUUGAACGGACGACCAACCUAUAGUGAUCCAGAAGGUGUUAUUUCUUUUAAAAUAAUGGAAUCUGUCGAAAAUAAAAGAAUAAUCAAAUCCGCUCUUAGAGUUUUUGUAAAUUCUGAAGAGGCGAAAACAACCAAUGACAGGUUUAAAUUAUUGGUAUCGCAAAUACAGAGAGGAGCUUGUCCUAAAUUGAUAGGCAGCUUAAGCAUCUAUACAACGCACUCCAAGUGGCAUGAAGUUGAUACAACAAUCUCCGCCUUAGCAUGGCAACAAGAUCCGUCUGAAAAUGACGGUCUAUUAAUUGAGUGUAAAACGCUAAAAGGGAAAAAGAAAACCUUGAGUGACUGUGGUAUCAAUCUGAAUGGUUUGGACGAACAUCUACCACUUUUAACUUUAUUCCUCUACAGUGACUCUGGUAAUCAAAUCAAUGCAAAUGAAAUGUUGCCACAUGGUGAAUUUGGAAAAGAUAAAAAGACGCCAAAAAGGUCUACAAGUCUCGCCAAUAAAAGAAAUGCUCGUAAACUAUGCAGGUUGAAAAAAUUUCAUGUCAGCUUUCAGGAGGAUCUUGAGUGGAAUGAGUGGAUAAUAGCACCAACAGGCUACAACUUUAGCAUCUGCAGGGGAAAAUGUCCUCGUUAUAACUCAAAUCAUGCCGAUUAUGACAACGUAGCUAUCGCUUAUGAUCAAAUACCUUCACCAUGUUGUGUCCCAACCAAAAUGUCACCUUUGAAAGUAUUGUUUCAUAAUUUUAAAAUAAUAAUUUACUCCAAUAUGAUAGCAGACGAAUGUGGUUGCCGGUAGAAAUAGUAUCAAAAUAAUAUAGUCAAUUUAACAUGAAGCAAAUCAUUGGCUGAAUCGUUAUUGAUGAGAUUUUUCAAUGCAAAUCAGAUUAUAGAAACAAAGGAUUGUAAGUUACAUAGACAUAUUGAAUCAUGUAACAACGUUUGACUGUCCUAUAAAUUUGGUAAUAUUUUUUAGUCUUCAGAAAACGUUGCUACACACAUAAUGAAAAGUCAUAAUCUUUAUGAAUGUAAUACAUUAUAGUAUUUCUUGCUGUAAUGAUGAGCGAUUAAGUUGGUCAAGAUAACUUAUUGCUGUAAUUGGCUGAAUAUGAACCACGUGUAUUCCCCCUUGUCGUUUCCACUACCUUUUUGCCAAGUAUCUUUGCAGGAAACAACAUUACAACAACACUACUAACGCGAUUUUUAGCAUACUCAGCGUGAUAAGGCAAAAAGCAAAUAUGGUGGAAUUUAAAAUUUUCGCUAUUCAAAACUUUUUGCUAACUUGCUAAUGAAAUCAGAAACCAGGGUUCUAAACUUUAUAUGGCUAGGUUAGACGUGGAUUCGCUUUUCACUAACAUUCAUUUACAUGGAACCAUCGAUACUUGUGUUGAAACUUUAUAUGAGGACACUUAUAUAUAUGAGGACAAGUUAAUAACUUUUGUUCCAGAGGGAAUUUUUGCAUUCUGUUGGAAGUUUCUGAGAGCUAAAUAAAAUUUAUUUAACAUAUUUUCCGGUUUUUAGGUGGAUCGCCCAAAAAAUUGCCAAAAAUUGUCCGAAAAUCCGGUUUCUUACGAUUUUUGGGUAAAACCUGACAAAAUCGUGAAAUCGGAUUAAUCACGUGUUCAAAUUAUGCAAAAUGAUUCUUCUUCAUAAAGCAAAGUUGUAUUGCAAGUUUUAAGUUCUAAGGAUAAUCCUAACAGGAGUUAUUAAAUUUUUCCCAUAGUAAGGAUUUCAUAGAGAUUUUUAGGGGUAGUUUCGAGUAAUGGCCAAUAUCAAAGCCUCUGAAAAGCAUGGAACCUAGAAAUUAGGCAUGUAGGUGUCUAAUAGAUAAAUAUUGAAACUCAGUCAGUUUCAUAGCCAUAUAACAUAGCAAUAAGGAGUUAUUAAAAAAAACCGUCAGGGAGGGGGGGCGGAAUACGCCCCCUCCCCCGGACCGAAAGGUUAAAGUAAAUUAAGGUAAAUAACCUGUUCCCAUAAACAGGCGAAGUCGCAAUGCAUUAUGGUAGAACAAAACAAAAUAAACAUGGCUAGGCAUAAAAACAGAAAACAAUGAUUUUGCUAUUCUUAAUCAACCUGAAAACAGUUUUUCUCAAAAGUUUAUACAACAUUCUAAUACAUCUGGACCUUCGGAAGAUAUUGAUAUUGAUUUUGCCUUAAGAAGUCCGAUAAACAUACCGAGAAACGAGAAAAAUCCAGGGUUAGGGAGUCCUGUUGGUGGCUUCACUUGUUGUGUCCCAUUGUGCAACAACAACAACUCAAAGAAAAACAAAUACUUGUCGUUUUAUGUAUUUCCAAAAAAUCCUGAGUUACGAAAUAUAUGGCUAGGCAAGAUUAGUCUUUAAUUUUGUAGCAACUAAUGGACACAGAGUAUGUUCUGAACACUUUGAUUGUGGGAAAAGACUUACAUGAAUAACAUCCUAACAGUUGUUCCAAAGAUUGUAAAACCAAAAGUAUAUAAACCUAGGAUUCUAAAAACAGUCUUGGUAUUAAAAGAAACCUACCUGAGCCACAAGGAAAUGAAAAAGUGCCAGAGCUUACUAAUGAAGAACUAUUAAUGCAAGAGAUACAGGAGCUUAAAAGCAAGGUGUCACAUUUGGAGUCAAUAAGUUCGAAAAAAAAAAAGAACUACAAAAUCAAAUAAAUGAAUUAUCAGACACUUUGAAUAAGACCAAG